AUGUCCCUUUACAAUCCUCAACCCCCAUACCCCCUUCACCCCUCGGUGCAAGACAAGCUCGACCCUGAAUAUGUCGCUUUCUACAACCAGUAUGUGAUGAACCAGCAGCAGGUUCAUCUGCAGCCUGUCGCGGCCUCGCGAUCGAGCGGGGUCCUGAUCCCAGGCGGGGGUCCCGUUCUGCCUGUUGGGAAAACCAUCGAUCUUCGUCUUCCACGACGCGUCACAGACGGUGCAGAGGUUCCUGUGCGAGUGUUUGUGCCGGAAGGCACUACACCGGCAUCCGGAUGGCCGGUCAUGCUCUAUUUCCAUGGCGGUGGAUGGGUGCUGGGAAACAUUGACACGGAGAAUCCAGUUUGCUCGAAUCUCUGUGUGAGGGGUCGCUGUGUCGUGGUGACGGUGGAUUAUCGUCUCGCACCUGAACAUCCCUGGCCCGCUGCCGUGCACGACUGCUGGGAGGCUCUCCUCUGGUUGACUUCCGAAGGACCUUCUCAACUUCCCAUCGAUAUCAGCAAGAUUGCGACCGGUGGAUCUUCAGCGGGCGGAAACCUGGCUUGCAUUAUCACUCAGAAAGCCCUGACACUAUCGCCUCCUGUUCACUUUAAGGCCCAGCUGCUCUCCGUGCCGGUGACAGAUAAUACGGCCAGCGUGGAAACAAACCAUGCCUAUAGGGAAUACGAGCAUACCCCGGCUCUCCCGGCAGCAAAGAUGCUCUGGUAUCGGAACCACUAUCUACCGAAUCAGGCGGACUGGGACAACCCUGAGGCGAGCCCGUUGUUCUGGACGGGAGAUUGGUCUGCCCUGCCCCGGGCUUUAGUCAUGGUGGGUGAGCUGGAUGUGCUCCGAACGGAAGGGGAACAGUAUUCUGAGAAGUUGAAGAAGGCUGGCGUUCAGGUAGAUUUGCAGGUCAUGAAGGGCAUGCCUCAUCCGUUCCUGGCUAUGGACGCUGUGUUGAAGGAGGGGAAACGGUCUAUUACUCUGAUGUGUGAUCUACUGACGGAGGUAUUUUGGACGAAGCCUUAG